GCGGGCUCUGAUUGGUCGAUUCUGCGAGAGGAAGGCGGGACAAAAAAAAAGCCUCCUCCCCAAAAUGUCCGCUCACCGCCGCGCUCCGUCUGUUUGUAUGGAGCCAAAAUGGCCGCCGCGGAGCUCCGGUUGCCGCGCUCGGUUCUCCGGUGGGCGUGUCCCGCCGCGGAGCUCCGGUCACAUGACCCGCGCAGGCAGAGCCAGGCUGACCAAUUCCAAUAUGGUGGCCAGCCUGGCAGGUCCACGGUUCCUGUUGAUGGUUUUGUUGUUCUGCGGGAUCAGGUGCGGCGCCUGCAGCCGCGGAGCUCCGCUGGUUCUGGGGCUGAGACUGGAAGACCCGGCGGGUCCGGUGUGCAUGAAGGAUCGGAUCAUCUCGGCGCCAGAAGGAGCCACGUUCACGCUCCGUCUCUUCGGGACUGAUCUGAAUGGAAGCUGGCCGUGGGUGGCGUUCGCUGGGGCCGCUGGGGCCGCUGGGGCCGCUGCGGGGGUCGGGAACACGACCGACCCGUGCGAGAGGGAGUCCAACCGCAAAGAGUCCGCCUUCCAGGUGACGGGGGACGGGUUCACCCCGGAUAAGGACUACAGCGGGUUGGUAACGGUGGUAGUCCGGCAGAAGAGCAUCUCCUCCGGGGGCAGCCUGCAGAACUACUCCCUGUGCGUGCUGCGCGGGGGGAAAUGGGGAUCCGCGGGCCCGGACAAGCUGCGGGUGAUCCCCGCCACAGCUCCCCCGGCUGACUACAUCCCUCCGUGGGGUCUGGCCGUGCUGGUCGUGCUGCUGCUCGUGGUGUGCGCGGUGCUGAGGACAGUGAACCUGAGCCUGCUGUGGCUGGACCCUGUGGAGCUCUAUGUGCUGCACAGCUGCGGGUCCGAGGAGGAGAAGCGAGCCGCCAAACGCCUGGAGCCGAUCAGGAGGAGGGGGAACUUCCUGACGUGCUCCCUGCUGUUCCUGUGCGCCCUGGGUCACUCGGUCCUGGGUGUCCUCCUGUACCGGGCCCUGGGCUCCAUCCUCUCCGCCGUGUUCACCAGCGGCUUCCUCAUCUUCUUCCUGGCCGAGCUGGCUCCUCACAUCCUGUGCUCCGGUUACGGCUUCCAGCUGGCGCCGGCUCUCACCUGGCUGGCCCAGGUGUGCAUGGUGCUCACCUGCCCGCUGUCCUGCCCUCUGGGGCUGAUCCUGGACCUGGCUUUGAGGAGGGACAUCAGCACCUGUGGGAUAAGAGAGCGGGCCAUGGAGAUGAUCCGCACGAGCGUCAACGACCCAUACAGCGAGUUCGUGAAGGAGGAGUUCAGCCGAGGGAUGCUGCGCAGUAAGACGGUGGAGGACAUCCUCACCCCGCUGAAGGACUGCUUCAUGCUGCCCAGCUCGGCCGUGCUGGACUUCUCCACCAUGUCUGAGAUCAUGCAGAGCGGAUACACGAGGGUGCCCAUCUACGAGGAGGAGAAGUCCAACAUCGUGGAGAUCCUGUACGUGAAGGACUUGGCUCUGGUGGAUCCGGAUGACUGCACCCCGAUGACGACCAUCACCAAGUUCUACAACCACCCGCUGCACUUUGUCUUCAACGACACCAAACUGGACGCCAUGCUGGAGGAGUUCAAGAAAGGAAACUCUCACAUGGCCAUCGUGCAAAAGGUGAACAAUGAGGGCGAGGGAGAUCCUUUCUACGAGGUGCUGGGAUUGGUCACCUUGGAGGACGUCAUCGAGGAGAUCAUCAAAUCGGAGAUCCUGGACGAGUCCGACGGUUACCUGGACAGGAAGGUGAAGCGCCCGCUCGCGCCGCUGGAGAUCCCUCUGGAGCCUCGCAGCGCCCACGAGGAGUUCUCGCUUUUCAAGCCUCCCGAGGGAGAACCGAAGAUCCGGACGUCGCCACAGCUCCUGCUCGCUACGCACCGCUUCCUGUCCAGAGAAGUGGAGCACUUCAGCCCCGGACGGGUGUCCGAGAAGGUUCUGUUCCACCUGCUCCGUCACCCCAGCGUCAACCAGGAGGUGCACUUUGACCACAACAACCGGCUGAGCGCGGGUCACUACCUGUACACGAGAAACCACCCGGUGGAUUAUUUCAUCCUGCUGCUGCAGGGUCGCGUGGAGGUCGAGAUCGGCAAAGAGGGGCUGAAGUUUGAGAACGGAGCGUUCACGUAUUACGGCGUGUCUGCGCUGACGCUGCCAUCCUCAGUGCACCAGUCUCCAGUGUCGACCCAGCGUCACUCCCCCAGGGAUCCCUUCGAGUCAGCAGAAGCUACGAGUCCAUCCAGCUACUGUCCCGACUACACCGUCCGAGCGCUCACCGACCUGCAGCUCAUACGGGUGACACGUCUGCAGUAUCUGAACGCUCUCAUGGCGUCACGGGUCGGUCAGAGUCCAGAUCCUCCUGAGAUUAAGAUCCUCCCCAACAGUCAGACCAAGCUGCUCAACGACAGAAACACCACACAAGAGUUCCCCGUGAACUUUUCAUUCUUUGAUACUAUCGAGAACUACUGUUAGUACUUGUUUAUUUUGCAUGAGGUGGCAGUAGUGCACAGGAGAGCUCCACAGAAGAGGAGGCUCACGGGUAGUUGUGGUUCUCUCUUCCCCCAACCCCACCCACCAUCAUCCACCCCCUCUUCUUGCUGUUAAAGACCUGCUCCAACCAGAGUUUAGAUUUUAGUUUUGUUUUUAUUGAAUCAUCUAUGGCUGGAACGUAGUUAUUGGACGAGACUGGAGUGAUUUUUAUUUGUUCUGUUAGAGCCACACGUCUCACCUCCACCCCCAUUCCUUUAUGCUAUGUGCUUUUCUUGAAUUCCUAUGUUGUUUUAUACACUUUGGACUACAUAUGUAUGUGUGUAUAUACAUAUAUAUAUAUAAAUAUAUUAUAUAUAAAUACAUUUUAUGUUAAUUUGGCGGUGCCUUUCUUCCAAGGUUUAGCUUUUCGUACUAAACUCUGCAUUGCCAUUCCUCACUUUUACCUGUCUGGGUGCCAAAGCUACAUGUUUAUUAUAUGUAUGUGUGUGUGUGUGUGUGUGUGUGUGUGUGUGUGUGUGGAAGCAUCCGUCCGUUUGAGACAUUAAAAACAUUAAAAAGUUGGUUUAAAGUGAAUCCACACGUUAAAUUUAAAGCCUCUUUUUAAGAAGCUGUAACGUGCGUCCAGAUUUUCAUUCCUGUAAAAAGUCGAGGUGUGUUUGUUUGUGUAGCCGAAAAUGAUAAUUUAAACUUUCACUGUUCAAUGGUUAGUUUAUACUUUAAAUCUUAACUUAGAAACGACGUACAAAGUGGAGCAACCAAAAAAAAAAAAAAAUGAGGGAACCUUCAGACAGGAUCAUUUGCUGCAAGAUUGUCUGUUUGUGCUGAACGAAACCGCUGUGAAACAAUCAGAAAAUAACUUUAUUUCUCAGAUUAACCAACUUUAUUGAGGCCGGCGCUCACUCCCACCCUCAUUCACUGUCUGUGUCGCUCAACCACUGCUGUCUCUUGCUCUCAAACCAUCCGACGCAAAUCAAAAUCAAAACUUCUGCGUGUCUUUGCAAUGUAAAUUUCAGAUUUUUAGAAGCAGCCUCGUGCGUCACUGCGUUUGUAGCAGCCAAAAAAACGAACGAAAAACCUGCUGGAUGAAACGUGAAUUUCAUUAAACAAAGAAGCAACUGUAUUAGUCGAUAAAAUCACUUCAAAUCUAAUCCUUGCUGCUGCUCUUCUGUGAUUAAUAAACUGAAGCUCUUUGGGAGUUUGGACGGCACCUUUUAGGGAAAAACAGAUUUAGGACAGAUGGGUGGUUGCUCUGUAUACUCAACUGUAGAUCAAAAGUGGUACAAGAUAAAACAAGAAGGAAAUACAGACAUAAGAAGACUUCAGUUGUUAAUUGAUUAAAUAUAUGAGCAUUAAAAACUGGUGCGUGGAUUCAUCCCAUAGUUUAACGUCUAUAUAUUCGGCCCGGGAGCUUCUUGUUUGUCAUCCUGAGUCCUGUUAACAUUCCAGUACAUGUUCAUGUUUUAUCUGUGUAUGAUUGUGAGUGCGUGAGCUUCAAUAUUUCACUUGUACAUGUCAGCAAACAAGCAUCCAGCCUUCACCGUAACUCAUAUUGUACGCCAAUAACCUAACAUGCAUUUUAAGCGCCUGUCAGUCAUUGUUGCAUGUGUGUAAACACGUCAAAUAUGUCAAAAGAAUGACCUCUAAAUAACUUCCCAUCCUCCCCUUGUGUGUAUUUGUACAUUAAUAUAUUAAUGAUGAGGAGGGAAAGUGGAGAGGUCGACUUGCUCUGUGAGCCGUUUGACAGUAAAAACAAAAUCAGUGUUUUUUUUGUUUUGAUUUUUAAAGGAUCGGUUUGAAUUUUUUGUUUCAAGUUUAAGAUUUUAAUGCAACACUCACAUGCCAAAAUAUACUUUGAGGAAGUCCAUACUGGCCUGGAGCGACUCCAUCGUGGUCGACCACCCCAGAAAACACUUUGUUUUGAGUCUACCGACGCCUUUUGCCAAAGCUAAUAUAAGGCUGAAUUUUUCAUACUGGGUAUCUCCAUGCUGGGUUUCAGAUUUCUGCUUCUCUUCAUCUUUACAACCUAAAAACUAACCCCAACCUAGUCCCCAACAAACCCAACCAGCAAUCCUGGGGGAAUAGUGGAGAAACACCAACAAAAUAUUAAUUAUUAAAGUACCUACCAGGACGUAUUUCUCCACUGUGCCUCAUCAUGGGAAACACAUGGCAAUGGGUCUUCAGUUUGUUUAUAAGGACUGGAUGAAAAUUGGUCACCGAGUGCCAAAAAGUUUGAAGAUUGCAGAAAGUCUGGAAAUCGAGAUAACGUGACGUGACGUACGAUAAGACUGUGUCAAAAAACAAUAGCCAAAAACUCUUAAAGUGAAAAGCGAAUUGUUGUUAGAAUUUUUUUUCAAAUUUAAAACCUCCAUUGACUAAAAAUGAAUAUACAAAGAGUUCUACAGACGUGUGACUAUGGGGAACGGACCAAAACAGUGUUGCGGCUGCGAUAUGACAUGUACCUGGUGGGGUUUCCUAGUAAUGCUCCACCCAAGUUGCAAUUCAGUGAAGAAGAAGAAGCAGUAAAAUGUGCAAUGGGCAAGUACAUAGUGUACUACAUAUAAGUGGAUCAAUGGAAGUAUCCGAGCCCCAAGUAUCCUAUACAUACAAGAUAAUUUAAUUUGUUUUCUCGAGAUCUAUGAGUUAUCUUUGUCAUUGGUUGAAAGAUCUCAAAAUAUUUAAACAUGGACAUAAUUAAUUCAAGCUCUUGAGAUGUGCUUAGGGCUUCCGUAGACACAGUGUAACUUUGUCUUAUGUACUCACGUCACGAGGGGAUUUCCUCACAGUCAGUAUGUAGAGUAUCGUAUUAAAACGGAACUUGAAGGAAGCCGAACCGAACCUUUCAGCAGCAGCGGGGUUUGUUUUUCCGAUUCUGCACGUUACACAUCAUUUAGUCUUCUUUGCAUUUUGAUUCCAUUUGUGUGUGUUUUUUUCGAUUCAUUCAGUGUUAUCACUCUCGAGCGUAUUCCAGGAGAAAAUCUCUGUGAUUCUGAGUAAAUAUUUUUCAGCUGUUUUUGUUUAUUUUGUUCUGUUGUGAUUAAGUUCAUUUGUUUGGUAUCAGAAGACUGAAUGUAAAAAAAAAGAAAAGAAAAGAUAAUCAAUUCUUUGUGCCACUUGUACUGAUUGAUUGAGAGAAAUGUUGGGGAGGAGUGUUUGAUGAUGAUGAUGAUGACGAUGAUGUGGAGAACUUCGUAUUAAUAUAUGACCGCUUAGAUAGAAUAUAAUUUGAGGAUGUAGUUUAUAGGUAUCCGGUCUCAGUUUUCAGGUACAACACUGUUAUUAUUAUUAAAAGUUGAACUAAACAGUUUAAUUACUUCCUCUUUAUGUCCGGGUUACAUUUGUAUAGAACUCGAUUUUAAUUUUAUUCUUCAGGAAUGCCGCUGUCGUUUUUUUGGGGGGUUCAUUGAGACUCCAUCGCAUUUAACACUUUCAAUAAUCAAGUUUCUUAGGAAAUAAACUCAAUCCUGUUCUAAA